UUCGCGACAUUUGCUGUAUGCUCAAUGCUGACAAAUUAACUGGGGGAAAGAAAGCGGUCAUAAGGCCAAAGUUCCAAAAGGUCUCCCCGACGUAGAACUGCUGCAUGGACGCUGGUGUACUCUUUUCUCAGGGUCUUUGUCUGAAAGUCUGAAGGCUGAACCGAAUCUGCCCCGGAUGGUGGUUGACAGCCUGGAGACUCGGAGGCUCCCGAAAGGUAAGCAGUGAGAACACCUGCAGGGUCCUGGUAUCCUGGAAGAAAGUAUUUCCUAUGAGGGAAGGAAGUAAAGGUAUCAAGAUCAGCAUUUUAUCCUUGACCAGAGAUCAGCUUUAGAGAAGAACUCAGAAUCAACAGCAGGGCACAUAUUAGAGUUGCUGUCUUAUCUAAGGGCUCCAGAAAAUGUCCAAGUCCCAAGACUCUCUGUCAUUCAAGGAUGUAGCUGUGAGUUUCACCUGGGAGGAGUGGCAGCUGUUGGACCCUUCUCAGAAGAACUUGUACCAAGCUGUGAUGUUAGAAAAUUAUAGCAACCUGGUAUCAGUGGGGUAUCCAAUUACCAAAGCAGAUGCAUUCUUUCAGUUGGAGCAAGAAAAACCGUGGAUAGUAGAGGAAGAAAUCCAGAAUGAGAUUCAUCUACUCUCACUUCUUCUCCCCUUGGUCUUUGAUAUAAGAUUCUAUCAUUUCUAUUACAUGAUCACUGUGGAUUUGUUGAUCUCCUUUCUAGAGGAUGCCUGGCAAGUCAAUGGUCAUAGAGAAUGGCACCAAGAAAACCAAAGCAGCUUUGAAAUGAUGGAGAGUGACCACAGAUAUCAUACGUUUGGGAAAGUACUGUCUUACCAGAGCUCAAACCAGCAUGUCCCUUUAGCCCAAAGACCUCAUACAUUGGACGCAGCUGGGAAACAUCAGAAACCUAAUCUAGAGGACAUGACUCAGAACGAAAGCUGUGUAAGAAAUGAAGUUGAGUUUAAUGGAUGUGAUACACUUUUUCUUUGUACUAAGAAUGGGAAAACUCAUAUUGGAGAACAAAGCAAUAGGUAUAAUGAAUGUAUAGAGGAUUUCAGCCAUAAGCCACAGCUGAAACAUUGUAAAUCUGAAACAAGAAAGAAACACUCUGACCACAGUGAUUGUGAGAAAGUCUAUUCCCUGGAGUCAGACCUUGAUAAGCAUAAAAGAACACACACAGGAGAGAAAUCCUAUGGCUGCAGUUGGUGUCAGAAAGGCUUUAGCCAGAUGUCCCAUCUUGUUUUACACCAGAGAAACUAUCCAGGAGUGAAACCACACAAGAGCAAGAAGUGUGAUGGAGCUUUUACCAGUAAGUCAGGGCUUAGUCAAAAUCAAAGAACUCACACCAGAGAGAAACUCAAUGAGUGCAAUAAGUGUGGGAAAGCUUUUACCAAUAAUAGACACCAAAAAACUCACACAGAGAAAUGCUUUGAGUGUUCUAUAUGUCAGAAAGGCUUUAGGGAUAAGUCACACCUCACUUUACAUCAAAGAACUCAUACAGGAGAGAAACCCUAUAGUUGUGGCGAAUGUCAGAAAAGCUUCACCCAUAUGUCAAAGCUCAUUAUUCAUCAGAGGACUCACAUGGGAGAGAAACCCUAUGGCUGUGACAAAUGUGGGAAAAUAUUCCCCCUUAAAUUUAGCCUCAUUGACCAUCAAAAAAUUCAUAUGGGAGAAAAACCUUAUAGAUGUAAUGAGUGUGGUAAGGCAUUCAUCCAACGAUCUUCACUCAGCAGACAUCUGAGAACUCACACAGCAGAGAAAUCUUACGGAUGCAAUGAAUGUGGAAAAAUGUUCUCCUGCAAGAAGAGCCUCAGUGACCACCAACGAACCCAUACCGGUGAGAAACCCUAUGAGUGCAGUCAGUGUCAGAAAGCAUUUACUCAGAAGUCUGGCCUGAUGUAUCAUCAGAGGUGUCACAGUGGAGAGAAACCAUAUGAAUGCAGGGAAUGCCAUAAAGCCUUUAGCCACAAGUCGUCUCUUCUUACCCAUGAGAGAAUUCACUCAGGAGAGAAACCUUAUGAAUGCACAGAGUGCCACAAAGCCUUCAGCCACAAGUCUUACGUCCUUAUCCAUCAGAGAAUUCACUCAGGAGAGAAACCUUAUGAAUGCACGGAAUGUCACAAAGCUUUCAGCCGCAAGUCAUAUCUCCUUUUCCAUCAGAGAAUUCACACGGGAGAGAAACCUUAUGAAUGCACAGAAUGCCACAAAGCUUUUAGCCGCAAGUCCUAUCUCCUUAUCCAUCAGAGAAUUCAUUCAGGAGAGAAACCUUAUGAAUGCACAGAAUGCCACAAAGCCUUUAGCCACAAGUCCUCUCUCCUUAUCCAUCAGAGAAUUCACUCAGAAGAGAAACCUUAUGAAUGCAGGGAAUGCCACAAAGCCUUCAGUAGCAAGUCCUAUCUUCUUAUCCAUCAGCGAAUUCACUCGGGAGAGAAACCUUAUGAAUGCAGGGAAUGCCAUAAAGCCUUUAGCGAUAAGUCCUAUCUCCUUAUCCAUCAGAGAAUUCACUCAAAAGAGAAACCGUAUGAAUGCAGGCAAUGCCACAAAGCCUUCAGCAGCAAGUUCUAUCUUCUCAGUCAUCAGAGAAUUCACUCAGGAGAGAAACCUUAUGAAUGCAGGGAAUGCCAUAAAGCCUUUACCCGCAAGUGCUAUCUCCUUGUCCAUCAGAGAAUUCACUCAGGGGAGAAACCUUAUGUAUGCACGGAAUGCCAGAAAUCCUUCAGGCACAAGUCCCAACUCCUUGUCCAUAAGGGAAUUCACUCAGGACAAAAACCUUAUGAAUGCAGUGAAUGCCACAAAGCCUUCAGCAGCAAGUUCUAUCUUCUCAUUCAUCAGAGAAUUCAUUCGGGAGAGAAACCGUAUGAAUGCAGGGAAUGCCAUAAAGCCUUUAUUCGCAAGUCCUAUCUCCUUAUCCAUCAGAGAAUUCACUCAGGAGAGAAACCUUAUGAAUGCAGGGAAUGCCAAAAAGCCUUUAGUGACAAGUCCUAUCUCCUUAUCCAUCAGAGAAUUCACUCAGGAGAAAAACCUUAUGAAUGCAGGGAAUGCCACAAAGCAUUCAGGCAAAAGUCCCAUCUCCUUAUCCAUCAGAGAAUUCACUUGGGAAAGUAAACCUUAUGAAUUCCUCAAAUCUGGGAAGACUUUCUCUUAUGGAUUCAUCAGGGAAUCCAUACAGGAGAGAAACUAUUGGUACUGUGAAUGUAGGAAAACUUUCCCUAUCACGUUUAGACCUUGUUUUAUAUCAGAAAACAGGCAGGAGAGAAACUUCAUCAAUACAGUCAGUGUCAGAAAUCUUCAGCCCAUAAGUCACAUCUUACUAUACAUCAAAAAAUUCACAAUGGUGAGAAACCCUAUGGAUGCAGUGAGUAUUGGAAAACAUUCUCCCACAAAUUUAGCCUUCAUCAGAAAACUCAUACUGGAAAGAAAUCAUGAAAGUUGUCACUGAGAGGGAAUGAGUCAUUAUACCAGUGUUUAUAUGAGAUUAAAACCUCAAGACUAAAGCUAAUGUGGACAAGCUUCUUUUCACAAUGUUUCCCAUUAGGAAAUAGUGUUGAGUUCAAAACCAGUCAGAGGAUAAUAACUUUUUCCAAGAUAAGUCAAUUGAAUGUAGGCCAAAGAGAACUAACAGAAAGGAACAUAUAUAAGGCUUGGCGCGUAUAGUUCAGUGGCUAGGGCACCAGCCACAUGCACAGGACCUGGUGUGUUCGAAUCUAGCACGGGCCUGGCAAACAACAGUGACACCUACAACGAGAAAAUAGCCGGGCGUUGUAGUGGUCCCAGCUACUUGGGAGGCUGAGGCAAGAGAAUCACUGAAGCCCAAGAGUUGGAGGUUGCUGUGAGCUGUGAUGCCCUGGCACUCUACCCAGGGCGACAGCUUGAGACUGUCUCAAAAAAAAAAAAAAAGGAAUGUAUAUGUAUACAUUGAUUGUGAGGAUAUUGUUGACAUAAAAUUUAACUACAUCAGUAUCACAGAAUUUACAUUCAUAUCAAAAAGCAAUUCUAUUAUGUAUCUAGGGAAUUAUUUUUUAUGGGGGGGGUCAUUUUUCUGCUAUUGUGAUAUGGAAUGUAUUAAAUAUGUAAAAAGGCUGGUCAGAAAACAAUACAAAAAUAUAUCAGAAUAAUAGCAAGUAUGUAAUUGUUUUGUACUGAUUUUUAUUAUGAAAAUGAUUAUUCCUAUUGAGAAUUACAUGUUAGCAUAACAAUUAUGACUACAUAGUACAAAUGCUUAAAUGUGCCUAAAUCCUUCCCAGAGAGUAUCUGCAAUGAAACUUUAUAAUCCUACAUAAAUUAUUGAACUACAAUGGCUUAUUGUGUUUUGGAAGAAAUCUCAAUACAAAUUCUACAUAUCUUUUUUCUCCCUGGUGUUUGCUAGUAUUUGUAAAUGGGUCUGGAAAAUUUUGUGCCCCUCUCUUAUAAACCUUACUAAUUCUAAGAUGGACAUUUUCUCUACAUAUUACCAUGCUGAUAUUAAAGUGUGACAUAUAACCUAUUGACUUGACAAAU